CAAACAAUUCUAUCUUUAAGAUAGGGUUUUGGAGCUAGAUGUUAGGGUUCCAAAAUAUUUAUGUAUGUUGGCGUGUUAAAUGGAAAGAAAAUCUUGAAGAUUUCAGCGGCAGUUUUUUUAAUGGAUAAUAUUAAUUUGUAGUUUCAUGGACAGACAGAAGGGGGAGGUGGUAGUGAUGUCAUUGUUAUGCGCCUUGAGACAUGCGCCCUGAUCGGAGUCCAAAAAAGAUAGUCGCGUCGGACGCCGGGAACUUAAAUUAGUUUCAUUAAGGACUUGUGUAAAACAAACUUACUGAAGUAGACGUUGAAAACAAAUCGACAGCUACAGACAUGUCGUACUGUAGGCAAAAAGUGGCCACAUGUUAUGACCGUGGAUCUAUAAUAUAGUUACAACAGGUUAUCUGAGGAGAGAGUUGAAUGUAAGUGCGCCCUCAAGCGUUUAUCCACUAGCAGGCUACUGGUAAAAACAAUGCUGCAUUUUUGUUGCAUGGAAGGCAAAGACCGCAUCAUUUUUGUGACCAAGGAAGAGCAUGAGUCACCAAGUAAUGCUGAACUGGUUGCUGAUGACCCCAACGAUCCUUACGAAGAACAAGGCCUUAUUCUGCCCAAUGGGGACAUCAACUGGAACUGCCCUUGUCUGGGUGGGAUGGCCAGUGGACCUUGUGGCUCCCAGUUCAAAGAAGCCUUUUCAUGCUUCCAUUACAGUAAAGAAGAAGUGAAGGGAUCUGAAUGCAUUGACCACUUUCGUAACAUGCAGGAGUGUAUGAAGAAGUAUCCUGAGCUUUAUCCCCAGGAGGAAGAGAAAGAAACACCACCUCAAACUGUAGAUGUCCCUGAUCAGGAGUCCUACCUGAACUCUUCAGCUUCUGAUACUGGCCUUGUAACUGACAGCUCUUUGCCAACAGACAGUCAGAGGGCUACAUAAGGUUACUGAAACUUUGUACUCUCUGGCUACACUUCUUUAGGGAUGGCUUGCUGGCUUGCUGACAGUUCUUGAGACUUGACAAUGAAAAUAUUUCCCAUGGCCAUCAACGGACUUUAUUGAGAAUGUAAUAAUUACUGUAUUUUAUCUUGAUGAGCACUUGCAUCAAGAAUAAGUAAUUUAAUUGCACUGAGUCAAUAUACAGUACAUGUUUUUGUAAUGGGGGCUAUUUUUAUUUGAAAUAAUUCAUUUAUUGUUUUAUAACUGUAGACAUGUAUAUCAUUUUAUAAAACUUUAAAGAAGACAUAUUUUCUUGGAUAUUUAGUAUUAAACCAUUAUAUAUGUAGAUCAUGCGUUUACAUUUUGUUCAUUGUAAACCGCAAUAUUGUUCUACACAUGCUGCAACUGUUUGAGAGACCAACACAAUUUCUUGACAAGAUAUGUUUUGUUUGAUAUGUUGUUUUGAAUUAUGCUUUGUUUUAACAUGACAAUCUGCUGCUAUACUGUUGGAACUUUUGCUCCUUUUCUAAAUUGUGGUCACCUAGCAUGCCUUAUAAUGCUUUUUUAAAAUUCCAAGAUGUUAAAUAUGAACAAUAUGAACAAACAGAGUAACCAAAGGAACUAAACAUUUAAUGUAA